UUUUUUCCGAUUAUUCCGACGCCACAUGAAUGCAGCCUUCUUCCCAUUAGCAUUUACUGUUUGUAGCUACGUUAGCUCUGUCAUUAAGUCAGUUGACCAGCCUUCAUACAGCCUGCUGGACGCACAAAAGCAGUGGAGGGCUGUUAUUUUUUACUACGAUACAGACGAGUAGAGCAGCAGGUGAACAUUUCGGGUGCGUGAUACCGGUUGAGAUGUGUAAUAAGCUGCAUUGGACAUUAAGGACCUACCUGGCUAUCAGCCUAUCAACUGACAGCUGUCACCGCACCUAGCUGCUUAGCUAGCUGCCCAGGUGAGCUAACGGCUAACAAGUGUUUUUCGGGCUAAUUUAACCAGCCAGUGUUGCUCUCCGUUUGGAGUGGAAAUCGAUGACUUCCGAUUGAACGUUAUAUCUAUCUCAGUAUUUUCUCAACAAUAUUCGACUCCGCCUGCUGUUCAAAUGAGUUAGCCAAAGAGCGUCGGACCGCAGUGUUUAGGAUAUUUUGAGGUCCAGCUAGUUAGCUAGCAUUUAGCUUGAAGCUAGCUGACUAAAUUCAUUCAAUUAUUAAAAACCUGCUAAAGCGCUAACGUUAACACCAGAUCCUCAGCGAACAGUUUUAUCCAAUCACAGUUGUUUUGCUACUAAUAUCUAUUGGAUUUGGCCGUGCUUUGGAUAACCUCGGGGGGGGGGAAAUGAAGAAAUUUUUUGAUUCUCGUCGGGAGUUGGUGAGCUCUGGGCCGGGCUCAGGAGUCGGUGGAGGAGGCGCUGGUUCCGGCGGCGGUGGCAGCUUCAUCGGACGGGUCUUCACCAUCGGACGAUAUCAAGUGACCGUCGAGGAAAUCGUCGCUGAAGGAGGGUUUGCAAUCGUUUUUUUGGUGCGGACUCAUCAAGGCGUACGUUGUGCACUAAAAAGGAUGUAUGUCAACAAUGAACAUGAUCUGCAAGUCUGCCAACUUGAGAUACAGAUUAUGAGGGACCUAGUGGGCAACAAAAACAUAGUUGGUUAUCUGGACUCCAGCAUAACUGCAGUUGGAGCUGACGAUGUGUGGGAAGUCCUAAUCUUAAUGGACUUCUGUCGAGGUGGGCAGGUGGUUAAUCUAAUGAACCAGCGGCUACAGACAGGCUUCACUGAAGCCGAGGUGUUACAGAUCUUUUGUGACACGUGCGAGGCGGUCGCUCGUCUCCACCAGUGCAAGACUCCAAUCGUCCAUCGAGAUCUCAAGGUGGAAAAUAUUCUUCUGCACGACCGGGGACACUACGUGCUCUGUGAUUUUGGAAGUGCCACCAACCACUUCCAAAACCCUGAGACAGAGGGGGUGGCAGUCGUGGAGGAGGAAAUCAAAAAGUACACUACUCUGUCAUACCGCGCUCCAGAGAUGGUCAACCUCUAUGGUGGAAUGAUAAUCACAACAAAGGCCGACAUUUGGGCCAUGGGUUGUCUUCUCUAUAAGCUGUGCUACUUCACACUACCUUUUGGGGAGAGCCAAGUGGCGAUCUGUGAUGGAAGUUUCUCAAUCCCAGACAACUCCCGCUACUCCCAGGACAUGCACUGUCUCAUCAGAUACAUGCUCGAACCUGACCCAGAUAAGAGACCAGACGUCUACCAAAUAUCCUACUUUGCCUUUAAACUGGCACGACGAGAGUGUCCGGUCCCAAAUGUACAUAAUUCAACUAUUCCUGCAAAACUUCCCGAGCCCAUUAGAGCCAGUGAAGCAGUGGCCAAAAAGAGUCAAACCAAAGCCAGGCUCACAGACCCCGUUCCUACCAUGGAAACUUCCAUUGCACCUCGCCAACGACCCAAGGCUGGCCAGGCUCAGCCCCAGCCGAUAUCAGGCAUUCUUCCCAUCCAGCCAGCUCUCACCCCACGCAAGAGACCCACUGUGGCUGCUGGAGCACCCCAGGCCAUAGGUGUUGGUAUCAAUGUCCCGCCACCAGCUUCAGCCGCUGUGCAAGCUGCUCAACAGGCUCCUGCUGCACAGGCCGCACCGCAGCCAGCUCCCUCAGCCAACAUGCAGCCACCGGCUACACCGCAGCAUCAGCAGCUUCUCAUGAAGCAGCAGCAAGCCUCAGCCUUUCUAAGCCCUCAGAGUAACCAGCAGACGGCUGAUCGAGUGAUUCACAAAGUCGGCUCAAUGACACCCCCCUCGUCGCCAAAGAUGGCCCCUAAAAGCGGCCACAGACGCAUUUUGAGCGAUGUCACUCACAGUGCCGUCUUUGGGGUCCCGGUCAGCAAAUCCACCCAGCUACUCCAGGCAGCCGCAGCUGAGGCUGGCCUCAACAAGUCCAAAUCAGCCAGCACGACUCCUUCUGGCUCCCCCUGCUCGUCCCAGCAGAGUGUAUAUCAUCCAGGUGAUGCUAACGCCCAAUCGGCCCUUACUGCACCCAGCGCUCAGCCCAGCUGGAACCCUUUUGGGGAUGACAACUUCUCCAAGCUAACAGCAGAGGAGCUGCUUAACAAAGACUUUGCAAAGUUAGCUGAGGCUGCCGCACCUGGAGAGAAGGUCACAGGCUCCAGUGAAAAUCUCAUUCCAGGGCUCAAUGCGUUUCCAGCUGAAAGGUCGGCAGACAUCAUGAGUGCAGGUUCAGCGUUGUUGACUGUCCCGGACCCCUUUAAUACCCUCUCCCUCUCUGACACCACAGAGAAGCUGAUUGAGGGACUGAAGUCCCCGGAAACUUCUCUGCUGCUCCCCGACCUCUUAACACCGGCCAACCCCUUCAAUAGUCCUGCAGAGAGCUCCACCAAUGUGAAGGCAGAGGUGUGUGUGGAUUCACUGAUUCCUGGUUUGGAAGCCCCCCAGGCCCAGCGACACCCGGGCCAGCCAGAGCUCCUCCCUGCCAGCAUACCAGACUCUCUCACUGGGGAGGACUCUGUGCUGGGUUGCGACCUGUUAUCUCAUACUUCUCCUCAUGGAAACCAGUCUGUUUCUGCUCUCCCGUCCUGCUCCUCCUCCUGCUCCUCUGCUCCUCCUGGAUCCGGCUCUGGAUCCUGUCUGGAGGAGCUGCUGCCUGGUCAGACGGCUUCUGACUCUGCUUUUCUCAUGCCGUGUGGGGAGAAGGGCAAUGACGACGAGUUUGACCCUAUUCCCGUGCUUAUCUCCAAAAACUCAAAUCAAGAUGUUCAAGGGGAAAGCAAUGGCUACUCAGUUCUUAGUGAGGGACAGGAGACUGAACCUGCAAAAAGAGAAUCUCGCGCAAACGAGGGAUGUGUGCACUCCAGCGAUGAUGAUGAUGAAGAGGAGGAGGAUGAAGCCCAUGAAAAAGAACCGCAGGAUGAUGGAGCCGUUGAGAGUCACGCAGCCGUCCACGACUGCAGCGGCUCCAGACCUCUGCUGCUCGACUCGGAGGACGAAGAAGAACCUCAGUUAUUCGUCCACUCGUCACCGCGCUCCAGCGCAGUCCCAACGCAACCGCCAGCUACCUUCCACCAACCAGCUCCGAGCGCCUUCGCUCAGAAUCAUUCCCAGCAUGUACACGAGCCAGCAAAAGGGCCAGAUGUCGCCGCGGAUGUUUUCUCCAAAGCCCCCUUUCGCGUCGCGCAAGAAGAAACGGCCGACGUGUUUGCCAGCGCUCCGUUUCCGCGCGGCCCCCUUGCAGCGCCGCAGCACUUCGACGUAUUCUCUCAGGCUCCGUUCGGAAAAAGAAAAGAGGCUCCAGGAGCUCCGCAAUCGUAUCCUCACGCGUCUGGAGUUCACGGCGUGACCGCUGAUCACGGCGCGCUGGGACAAGUUGUCCAGCAGCCGUUCCGCCCACAAGCUCUGGCCAAAUAUUCCAGACACUUUGAGGGACCUGCGCCGCACAAGCCAGUAGCAGCUCACCGGGUAGUGUCGAACGUGAGCAGGCAAGCCGCUGUGGCGUCGGGCCCCGUCGGACCUCUUCACUCAUGGACCUCGGAAGUGAGCGUCGUAGACCCUUUCGUCUCUGCGCCCUUUCCCCUCAAGGCCCCGCAAGAAAAGCCCUGAGCGCACGCUCGGGAGAGGUCGGCGCUCACCACUGAAUUAUGCAAACCAUUACAGGCGUCCUGCAUGCUGUUGCAAGCGCUGCAGCUGGACUGCAGGCCUGCAUGGAUCUCAUUCUUUACCGGCUCCAAUUAGUGGUAGUGCGAGGUCAUCUUUACACUUGAAUGCUCCAUUAGAGUAAGAAAACUGACAUAAAUCCUUGACUCCUAGUCUCUUCUUCUUUUUUUUUUUAUAUAUAUUUCCUGUCGCGUCCUUUUACCUUUUUUUUGAAUUGUCCUUGGUCCUUUUGGUACGUACAUCUAAACACAAAGACAAUAUGGUGGUCAAGCAUUUGAUUGUUUUCUUGCCUACCUCAGUUACUUUUCGUUAUCGGCGCUAAAACACCACGCAGUGACGGGGUUCGUAGUAGGGGUGUCACAAUUUUCCAGAUUUUUAAAUCAAGAAUGAGCUUUCAAUUUCUACUAUCGUAAUCAAAAGCAGGGUCGGCGAUUACCCCAUUAUUUUUGUUUCUCUCCCCACCUGCGCCUACUUGCGCACGUCCAAAGAAAAACGGCAUAGCUUACCGGCUGGUAGCAUGCAGCUAAAGACACAGGGUAACGUUAGCUUAGCGGUAGCCUGCAGCUGCUCUUUUCCAGACACCAUGGCCACUGCCGGAGUCUGAGAUAAUGGCGAAACAACAGAACUGGAAACUCCUCCUGCUGCUUCCCUGAAGUCACCGUGUGGCAACAUUUAUUUGCCAUAUAAGUACCCUUCUGCCAUCUAGUGGCUCUUCUUGUGGCGUUGCCGUCACUGCUGAAAAGAAAAUGUUUAAAUCGAAAACUGAAUCGAAUCGUGACACCCCUAGUUCGUAGAUGGUCUGCAGCUUUGGCAGUUUCAUUUCCUGUAUAUUUUUAGCUUCACUGUGAAACUAUGGUCUGAUCACGCCUCAUUCCUCCUCUUGUAUUAGUUCUUAGAAUUCAACAAGAUCAUAACUUCACAGAAGCUUGGAAGAGGAAAAGACACUGUAAAGAUGUUUCAGGGGAAUGUAUCUAUAAUUCCAUCCAUGUUACAAUGAUUCCCCUCAAAGGCCAUAGUUUUGGGCUCUUUGGUCUUCAUGCCUGACAGUUUGUUACAGGGCAGAUGCUGGAUAAUGAUGCAUACCGGUAGACAUUUAAAGAAUAACAUUUGUUGAUAUGAAUUGUUACUUUUGUUUCAUUCCAAAAUGUUUGCAUUUGGUCAUGUUUUAUGUUUGUGGUCACUACCCUGUCUAAUGAAAAUGGAAUAUCAAUGUCUAUUCCACGUAACGUCCAAACCGUCAUUAAAAUGUUAGACAUAGAAAACUCAUUAUAGUUGUUCCUAUGUUAGAUACGUGUAGAAGACUCCCUUUUCUUUGUUUCUACUUCCUUUACAAGAUGAUAUCUCUCUGAAGCCUUACACCCUUACAGUACAUCCCUCCAACCACAUCAAACAGCAUAAAUCACUUUUGCCUUUUGUGCCCUCCUUAAAAAAAACUGCCGCGUUUACAUCGUUUUAUUGCACUUCAUUGCAUUCAGCACCAAAAUACUUGUGAACAAUCAUGUACAACUUCAUUUUGCUCUCUGCGGUCCGUUAAUGCACCGAGAUUUUCAUUCAACUCUGUAAUGCAUCUCUAUCGUAGGUCUCUAUAAACUCCAAAUGUGUACUCACUGUGACUCACACUGAUGUGAAAACUUAAACUGCAAAAAAAAA